UCAAAAUCUAGAUCAAUUGGUUAUAUGCUGGAUGCUGUAUGAUGUCAUCACUGGGACGCUACAGUUUUCCCGGUCAAAUCUUUGGACAGUCUUCUCUCAGACCAUAAAUUACCGCCCCAAGAGACUAUUUAGGGGUGAACAUGUACAGAUAUAGCAUUGCUAUUCCUGAUCACUGUUUAAGGGGUUUCCGGUCUGGCAUUUGCAUUGGACCACGAUUCCCUUCUCCAACAAUCUCUCUCGCAAGAGGUGGAACCCAGAGCUUUUGGAGUCAGAAAUACAAACAAAACAUGAGCACUCGCGCGGGCAAUCCACAAGGCGUUGGCGCGCCGCUCACCCAGUGCGCCACAUUCCUGGUGCUGUCGGUGGUGAAGGGUGGUCCUGAAGCUGUGCGGACGGUGCGCUCCACGCUGGCGGGAAUCGAUGACCUGGCAAAGAAUGUCAGCUUUCGAGGUCUCAACUCUUCAUUUACCUGCACUGUUGGCAUAGGGAGCAAUAUCUGGGACGACCUGACGGGCCUUCCUCGUCCAUCCGAGCUACGCCCAUUUCAGGUGGUGAAGGGUAAAGCCCACACAGCGGUGUCGACACCUGGGGAUCUGCUCUUUCAUAUUCGCUCUGAACGAAGAGACUUAUGUUUUGAGUUCGAGAGGCAACUGUUAGACAAACUGGGUGAUUCAGUGACGGUCGUUGAUGACACGACUGGGUUUCGGUACUUCGAUGUGCGCGAUCUUCUAGGUUUCGUCGACGGGACAGCAAACCCCAUCGGGCCUGCAAUCCCAGACGCUGUAUUGAUAGCCGAGGAGGAUCCGGCUGCUGUGGGGGGAAGUUAUAUUGUGGUCCAGAAGUACCUGCACGAUCUGAAAGCGUGGAAAACACUUCCAGCGGAACAACAGGAGAAGAUCAUUGGCCGUACCAAGCUGGACAACAUUGAAUUAGAGGAUGCUGAAUCCGGUCAACAGUCGCAUAAGUCGUUAGCGACGAUCGUGGAGGAGAAUGGCGAAGAACACGAGAUUCUGCGUGACAACAUGCCCUUUGGUUCUCCCGGCUCAGGCGAAUUCGGAACAUAUUUUAUCGGGUACACAAGGCGAUUGUGGGUAAUUGAGAAGAUGCUAGAAAGGAUGUUUGUGGGCUCUCCUCCAGGCUUGCAUGAUCGUUUGUUGGACUUUUCCACGCCGAUGACUGGCGCAACGUUUUUCGCCCCAUCUGCCAGUGUACUGGCUAACCUUGAGAGUGACUAAGAAUGGGGUCUGAUGGAC